AUAAUAGAUCAUUACUGUUACCUGUGGUUUUGCAACGGAUACAAAUUCCUUUGAAGAAUUCCUGAAAGCCUUCUACAAAUAUUUAUUCAUUCAUCUUCAUGGAUCUGGAGUUUAUUCCAGGAACACUGGGUGUGAAACAGAAAUACAUCCUGGAUGGGAUGCCAAUCCCAUGCCUACAAAAAUAAUUGUUUCUCACAAAUGUUUAUUGGUCCAGUAACUGCAAGAACUGUAUAUAGACGUCCAUUAUAAGUGACUUUAGGAGGUUUUUUAAAAUUUAUUUUUACCACAGGGAAAUGUGCUGAAACUGCCCAUGGUCAACAUAGAACCAGAUGUAGUAGAUAAAUUUCAGGUUGCUAAAAAUUUGAAUCCUUAUGUCUGAGAGUGUGCAUACUUGACCUCAAAUGGAUUACUAUAUACAAUUAUGUUGUUUUUUUUUUUUUUUUUUUUCCAGUUUGUGUUAUGUAACCUCUUCCUUCUUGACUUAUCCUACCUUAGCUGGUGCAUUUACAGUGAGGGAAAAAAGUAUUUGAUCCCCUGCUGAUUUUGUAUGUUUGCCCACUGACAAAGAAAUGAUCAUUCUAUAAUUUUAAUGGUAGAUUUAUUUGAACAGUGAGAGACAGAAUAACAACAACAAAAAAUCCAGAAAAAUGCAUGUCAAAAAUGUUAUAAAUUGAUUUGCAUUUUAAUGAGGGAAAUAUGUAUUUGACCCCUCUGCAAAACAUGACUUAGUACUUGGUGGCAAAACCCUUGUUGGCAAUCACAGAGGUCAGACGUUUCUUGUAGUUGGCCAGCAGGUUUGCACACAUCUCAGGAGGGAUUUUGUCCCACUCCUCUUUGCAGAUCUUCUCCAAGUCAUUAAGGUUUCAAGGCUGACGUUUGGCAACUUGAACCUUCAGCUCCCUCCACAGAUUUUCUAUGGGAUUAAGGUCUGGAGACUGGCUAGGCCACUCCAGGACCUUAAUGUGCUUCUUCUUGAGCCACUCCUUUGUUGCCUUGGCCGUAUGUUUUGGGUCAUCGUCAUGCUGGAAUACCCAUCCACGACCCAUUUUCAAUGCCCUGGCUGAGGGAAGGAGGUUCUCACCCAAGAUUUGACGGUACAUGGCCCCGUCCAUCGUCCCUUUGAUGCGGUGAAGUUGUCCUGUCCCCUUAGCAGAAAAACACCCCCAAAGCAUAAUGUUUCCACCUCCAUGUUUGACGGUGGAGAUGGUGUUCUUGGGGUCAUAGGCAGCAUUCCUCCUCCUCCAAACACGGCGAGUUGAGUUGAUGCCAAAGAGCUCCAUUUUGGUCUCAUCUGACCACAACACUCACCCAGUUGUCCUCUGAAUCAUUCAGAUGUUCAUUGGCAAACUUCAGACGGGCAUGUAUAUAUGCUUUCUUGAGCAGGGGGACCUUGCGGGCGCUGCAGGAUUUCAGUCCUUCACAGCGUAGUGUGUACCAAUUGUUUUCUUGGUGACUAUGGUCCCAGCUGCCUUGAGAUCAUUGACAAGAUCCUCCUGUGUAGUUUUGGGCUGAUUCCUCACUGUUCUCAUGAUCAUUGCAACUCCACGAGGUGAGAUCUUGCAUGGAGCCCCAGGCCAAGGGAGAUUAACAGUUCUUUUGUGUUUCUUCUAUUUGCGAAUAAUUGCACCAACUGUUGUCACCUUCUCACCAAGCUGCUUGGCAAUGGUCUUGUAGCCCAUUCCAGACUUGUGUAGGUCUACAAUCUUGUCCCUGACAUCCUUGGAGAGCUCUUUGGUCUUGGCCAUGGUGGAGAGUUUGGAAUCUGACUGAUUGAUUGCUUCUGUGGACAGGUGUCUUUUAUACAGGUAACAAGCUGAGAUUGGGAGCACUCCCUUUAAGAGUGUGCUCCUAAUCUCAGCUCGUUACCUGUAUAAAAGACACCUGGGAGCCAGAAAUCUUUCUGAUUGAGAGGGGGUCAAAUACUUAUUUUCCUCAUUAAAAUGCAAAUCAAUUUAUAACAUUUUUGAGAUGCGUUUUUCUGGAUUUUCUUGUUGUUAUUCUGUCUCACUGUUCAAAUAAAUCUACCAUUAAAAUUAGAGACUGAUCAUUUCUUUGUCAGUGGGCAAACAUACAAAAUCAGUAGGGGAUCAAAUACUUUUUUCCCUCACUGUAUGAGCUAUCAUUUAUUUAUUUAUUUUUUAGAGAAUGACCUGAAUGAGGCGAUAAAGCGUCAUUUUAGUAAUGUUGUACUAUAUUGUGCAUUAAGAAUUUAAUAAUGUUUCCUCACAGGUGUAUUAUGUUGUUUAUAAAUUAAGAAGUAUUAUAUUAGAGCAUAUAAACAAUUUCAAGGUGAUAUACACUUACUGGCCACUUUAAUAUAAACACUUGUAUAACUGCUCAUUCAUGCGAUUAUCCAUUCAGCCAGCCAAAUGGAAGCAGUGUAAUGCUUGAAAUUACACAUAAAACAACAGAAUGGGGGAAAACAUGAUCUCAGUUACCUUGACUGUGGUACGGGUGUUGGUGCCAAUAUAUAUACUGUAAGAAGACACACAGAGAAUAGGACAAAAACAAAAAACAUCCAGUGAGUAGAAGCACCAUGACACGUUAUAGUCACUGAAAUCACAUUUUUCCCAUUCUGAUGUUUGAUGUGAACAUUACUUAAAGCUCUUGACCUGUAUCUACAUGAAUUUAUGCAAUGGACUGCUGCCACAUGAUUGGCUGAUUACAUAAUUUCACGAAUGAGCAGGAGUACAGAUACUGGCCACUAUUAAAUUGAUGAGUAUGUGUAUGUCUUAAGUCUUCAAUACUUGGGUAAAUAUCUUUAAAAAAAAAAAAAAAAAAAAGCUACAUAUUGAGGUAGAAUGUAUCAGGUGAAAAGCAGGUCAUGACCUGUUUUGAGUAUGAUGCAACCUUAGCUUCUUCUUACAGAUGACUCCAAAAUUUCCUCAAAGCUUUCUGGUGCUACAGAAAUGACUGAUCCUUAAAGGGACAGUGCACAGUCAAGUCACUGAGCAACCACAUAGUACUUUAUUUAUUUAAGAUCCUAAAGCUCAGAUGAUGUAGUCCACCAUCAUCAUAAAACGACAACUAUGAACACACAGAGCAUGAACUGGUGUAUUUCAAAUUCCAGCAUUAAAUGGGUGAUGAAGUAUAAUUUCAGCUUGUCUUUGUAUUUUUCUUACAAAGUUGGGCCAUGUGGACUUCGUAAAAAUACCACACCCUCUAACCAACUAAUCUUUCUGUGAUUUUUCUCAUAUAUUCUGUCACAGUUACUGGAAUCAUGCCCCAUUUCAUGUUCAUUGCGCCAUAAUGUUUCAUUGCUUUGAUGGUAGAAAUGUAAUCAUUUUUGUCUUAUCUCUCAGGAUUUUAUUGUACCAUUUCAGCCAGCGUUACAAUGUCUAACCUUAACAGUAUCUGUGACGUAGGAUGUCAUGCCCCAGCAUCUGAGAGGUGUGUGUAUGGGCAGUUAAUAAUUGACACAUACAAUUUUUUCUAUAUUUGCUCUGAAUGGCUGCGAGAAGGAAGUGAGGCUUUUACCGAGUUUAAUUGACAUUGGACAGCUUAAGGGACGCUGCUGGUGUGUUUGUCAGGUUUCUUGGAGACAGGACGAGAGGACCUGCAUAGAGAUCUCAGUCCAUUUCAGAUAAAUCAACUCAAGCGCACACUAUUACACAGAUUCCAUUCAGUUAGGAAGAGUGUAUGCUUUACCUGACAAUGGAAGAAGGUAAAAUGGUGUACAUCGGACACUAAAAGCUAGUGUAUCAUGCCAUACCUGGCCCACACUGCCCAUGCCCAGUUUGUGGCAUUCUGGGUGGGUGCGAUUGGCUGGAUCCUCACCAUCGUAACAAUUGGCUUGGUGGAGUGGAGGGUGUGGGAGGUAUCCAACCUGUCCAUCAUCACCUCUGGUCUGGCCUGGGUGGGCAUCUGGAGGGUGUGCUUUUUCAGCAAUGUACUUGUCACAUCUGGGUACCAGGUCAUGUACUGCCAGCGAAUGCAACUGACAGACGCUUACAUGCCUAAUGAGAUUGCUGUUGCUCAGGCGUUCAUGUUGCUGGCCUUCAUCUUGGGAUUUUUUGGUCAAUCCAGCAUCAUUUAUGGACUCAGGAACAUCUACUUUGGACUUGAUGAGACCAGAUCUAUCACACUGGCUUUUUCCUUCGGUGGGGGACUUUUGUUACUUGCUGGUGUGACCUCAUUUAUUCCUCUUUUCUGGAACUUAAGCGCCGUGGUGACUAACCAGACCAUCAGUUUUCCACCUAACUUCAACAUGCCCCCAGCUCCUGAUAAUCAGUAUGUUGGUUCAGGUAUCAUUGUUGGAAUUUUUGCAUCCAUCUUGGUGGUGUUGAGUGGAACAGUGUUCCUGUCCUACAAGCUACCAGAAGGACUGAGCUCCAAAAUCAGACCUUCAAGGACAAAGGAGAACCACUGUGGACUGAGUGAAACUGGGAUGGCAGUGCAUGUAAAAUCCGGACAAAUGGCCGCGCAAGACAGAAAGAAUGACCUAGGUAUUGACAACCUGGCCUUCCAGUCCCAGAAGGAUGGGUGAAUGUAGGUUUUGAUUUUUCAAUCAUGAACUUAUGCUAUGAAUGCUUCGUAAUAUGACCGUGCAUUGAAAUGCUAGUGUUUUUGAAGGAGGUUGGGCCAGAAUGUUUACAAGACAAACAAUAUUAGUGCAAUUAAAGUGUGUGUGUCCUUUGGGUAGGACAGUAAUUGGGAAGUUAUUCAUAAACAUCCAAGUCACUUUUGAUUUGACUCUUGAUGCCAAGGCAACCAACUUAAACAGAUACACAAUCAAAGCUAAUAAUGUCUAAAGUGAACUAUAUUCUUAAACGUAUUCUGGCACCUUGGUGUACGCUGUGCUCUGGGAAUUAUAUAUUUUCACGUGCAUGUAUAUUGUUUUUGGCUUAUUUAAAAUUUACACCAGUGUCACUCUGGUAAUGUUUGUGAUUUUUUGUUUAAUGAAAGUGAAAAAGCAAAUGUAAAUGAUGACGAGAUGAAAGAAAA